AAAAGGCGGAAGUUCACCGGUGGACGUUUUCUGUGAGCUGACCCAGCAAAACUGACCCUUAGCCAGCUAGCUAGUUACCUUUAUCUGUCUAGCUACAUUGGAUAUAAUAAUUGUUUAUUAAUCCCUCGACACACUAUCAGCAAUCAAAUAACAACAAAGGCUUCCUUUUUAAUCAUAGCUGACCAGCGCCUUGAUCAGCAGGAUGAGUGGAGCGGAGGGCGCAGGCCGCCCGGCCAGGGUGGGCUCCCUGGUGGAGGUGAUCGGGAAGGGCCAGCGGGGCACGGUGGCCUACGUGGGCGCCACGCUGUUCGCCUCGGGCAAGUGGGUGGGCGUGAUCCUGGACGAGGCCAAGGGCAAGAACGACGGCACGGUGCAGGGCAAGCGCUACUUCACCUGCGAGGAGAACCACGGCAUCUUCGUACGGCAGAGUCAGAUUCAGCUGGUGGACGAGGGCUCCAGUACCCCCUCUCCAGACACACCAGAGGCCCCCACCUCCUCCAAGGUCCUCAGGCAGAAAGACAUUCCUGAGACUCCCAAGUCAACCAAGCAGACAUCUGCCCUUAAGAAGUCCUCAACCCGCCGUCCGACCAAGAGCGUAACAGAGUCUCAGUGGAGCACCCCGGGCCGCCUCGUCUCUGCCAGCUCCCUCCCCUCCCUCUUGGUACGUCCCGGCAGCUUCCCCUCCCUCUUGGUACGUCCCGGCAGCUUCCCCUCCCGCCUCGUGACUCCUAAGCCUUCCGGCCUCUCCACCUCUCUCUCUGGUGAUGUCAGCGAGGCGGGGCUAUCUCAGAGUGCCCUGGGGGCUCCUGUCGUCCCGCUGCCGAGCGGCUCCUCCGCCACGCCCGGAGCCCCGCCCCCGGCCACGUCCAGCAAGGGGGAAAGUGUCGUUUACAAGCAGGAGGAGGACUCCCUGCGGGGCCAGCUGAAGGACCUGGAGGAGAAGCUGGAGACCCUGAGGAUGAAGCGCUCGGAGGACAAGGCCAAGCUGAAGGAGCUGGAGAAGAGCCGCAUCCAGCUGGAGCAGCUGCAGGAGUGGAGGAGCAAGAUGCAGGAGCAGCAGACCGACCUGCAGAGACAGCUGAAGGACGCCAAGAAGGAUGCGCUGGAGGCCCUGGAGGGGAAGGAGCGCUACAUGGAGGAGAUGGCGGACACGGCGGACGCCAUCGAGAUGGCCACGCUGGACAAGGAGAUGGCGGAGGAGCGGGCGGAGUCCCUCACGGUGGAGGUGGAGUCGCUGAAGGAGAAGGUGGAGGAGCUCACCAUGGACCUGGAGAUCCUGAAGCACGAGAUCGAGGAGAAAGGUUCGGACGGAGCAGCCUCCAGCUACCACGUCAGGCAACUGGAGGAGCAGAACAGCCGGCUGAAGGAGGCGCUGGUCAGGAUGCGGGACCUGUCGUCGUCGGAGAAGCAGGAGCACGUGAAGCUUCAGAAGCAGAUGGAGAAGAAGGGUGGAGAGCUGGAGGUGCUGAGGACCCAGAGGGAGAAGCUGCAGGAGGAGAUGAAGCAGGCCGAGGUCACCAUCGACGAGCUCAAGGAGCAGGUGGACGCGGCUCUGGGGGCGGAGGAGAUGGUGGAGACCCUGACGGAGAGGAACCUGGACCUGGAGGAGAAGGUCAGGGAGCUGAGAGAGACCGUCACAGACCUGGAAGCCAUCAACGAGAUGAACGACGAGCUUCAGGAGAACGGGCGUGAGACGGAGAUGGAGCUGCGAGAGCAGUUGGACCUGGCGGGGGCGCGGGUCAGGGAGGCCCAGCGCAGGGUGGAGGCCGGCCAGGAGACCCUGGCUGACUACACACACACCAUCAGCAAGUACAGGGAGCUGACCUCCAGCCUGCAGGAGACCAAUCGGGAGCUGACCAAUCAGCAGAGUGCCAGUGCAGAACAGGAACAGCCUCCAGCUGAGCUGUUUGACUUCAAGAUCAAGUUUGCAGAGACCAAGGCCUACGCUAAGGCCAUAGAGAUGGAGCUGAGGAAGAUGGAGGUGAGCCAGGCUAACAGGCAGGUAUCCCUGCUCACCUCCUUCAUGCCCGACUCCUUCCUGCGGCACGGAGGAGACCACGACUGCAUCCUGGUGCUGCUGCUCAUCCCCCGGCUCAUCUGCAAGGCUGAGCUAAUCAGUAAGCAAGCCCAGGAGAAGUUUGACCUGAGUGUGACCCCAGUGGUGCGCCCUGGGAUGCGAGGUCCUCCGGGAGAGCAGCUCAGCUUUGCCUCCGGCCUGGUGUACUCUCUGAACCUGCUGCAGGCCACGCUGCACCGCUACCAGGGAGCCCUGAGCAGCUGCAGUGUGGAGGUGUAUAAGAGGAUGGGGACUCUGUACUCUGAGAUGAGUGUUCACGAGCGCUCUCUGGACCUGCUCAUCGACCUGCUGCACAAGGACCAGCUGGACGAGACUGUCAACGUGGAGCCCCUGACCAGGGCCAUCAAGUACUACCAGCAACUGUACAGCAUCCACCUAUCAGAGCGGGCUGAGGACUGCACCGUUCAGCUGGGAGACCACAUCAAGUUUACCCAGAGUGCCCUGGACUGCAUGGGCGUGGAGGUGGGUCGUCUGCGGGCCGUCCUGCAGGCGGGACAGGAAGGGGCGGAUCUCUCCAUCCUGCUCAGGGACCUGGACACUUCCUGUAGUGACAUCAGACAGUUCUGUAAGAAGAUCCGACGUCGCAUGCCUGGAACCGACGUCCCCGGGGUGCCGGCCGCGCUGGCCUUCCCAACGCAGGUGUCGGAGGCGCUGGCGGAGGCGCGGGGCCAGCUGGGCCGCGUGGUGGCCGUGCUGCAGGAGCUGGGGGCGGCAGGAGCCCAGACGGUCGCUCCUCUGGGGGAGAGCGAGGGCCUGAGCGCCCUGAGUCUGGAGGAAGUCACCAUCAAGGCUGUCGAGCAGGUGUACGGUUGCCACGGUGACAACCCCCACGAGAGCCUGCGUCAGUCCUGCAGCUCCGUCAUCUCCACCAUGAACAAGAUGGCCACCGCCAUGCAGGAGGGGGAGUACGACUCUGAGAGACCCCACGCACAGACCCCCCCGGUGGAGCUGCGCGCUGCCUCUCUCAGGGCUGAGAUCACGGACGCCGAGGGGCUGGGAGCCCGUCUGGAGGACAGGGACACCGUCAUCAAGGAGGUCAAGAAGUCCCUCAAGAUCAAGGGUGAGGAGCUGAGCGAGGCCCACGUUCGUCUCAGUCUGCUGGAGAGGAAGCUGGACACGUCCACCAGGGACGCAGACGAGAGGGUGGAGAAGAUUCAGACCCGGCUGGACGACAGCCUGGCCCUGCUCAAGAAGAAGGAGAAGGAGUUUGAAGAGACCAUGGACGCCCUGCAGGCCGACAUCGACCAGCUGGAGUCUGAGAAGGCGGAGCUAAAGCAGCGUCUCACCAGCCAAUCAAAGAUGACCAUCGACGGCCUCAGGGCCCAGCCCACCUCCGGCAUAGCCUCCAUCGUCACGGGAACGGCAGGAGCGGCUCCCCCAGCAGCAGGCUCUCUGUCUGGGCCUCUGCAGGUGGUGGACUCCCCCCUCCUCAAACAGCAGCUGGAGGCUCAGAGGCUGGGCAUCAAACACCUGAAGAACGAGAACAACAGGCUCAAGGCGGAGAAGAUGAGGGCUCAGCUGGCCUCCCUGCCCCCCCUCCACGUCCCCCACUGGACCCCCCCCAAGGAGGGCCCCCCCCCCUCCAGCCCCCCCCCUCCCGAGGGGCUGGAGGGGGCCCUCUACCGGAAGACUGACCAGCUGCUGGCCACUCUGCUGCGGAUGAGCGCCGGGGUCAGAGUGGUGGACAUCACCGGCAAGACCCCUGUCAGUGCCAGUGCCCAGCUGCUGGAGCAGACUGCUCGUCUGCAGAGCCUCAGAGAUGCGCUGGACAGACUCAAGGGGGAGGUAGCAGAGCAUGUCGUCUCUCAGCAGCCUGGAGCCAAGGUCUCCUCUGACUUCGCCACCUUCCCAGUCUCUUCCUUUGUCAAGGCCAAGCAGGAGAAGCAGGAGGGCACGGUGUUUGUGGGGCGUGUCUCCAUCCCCUGCGCCCGGGGCCAGGAGCAGGUCCACCGCCUCGUCCUAUCACAGCAGCACCUGCAGCAGGUGCACCGCCUCCUCAUGAACUAACCGCAACGCCAUUGGCCCGUCGCCCGACAUCGACAGCGGGCUACACCAAUCAGAGCACGGUUGAAAAAAAAAGAAUACUUUUUUCUUUUCUUUUUUUUCCGUGUCCAGUCCAUCUCCUAUUAGAAAUCUCAGGAAAUUUGAAUAUUUAUUGUUACAGUACGAGGCCAACGGUGCAACUGUCAAUUACAACGCUACGCCGAAGAGAAACUAGUGUUCUCAUCUAGGUUCCAUCUCCAGAACGUUGCCGUGGGUUACCGUUAUGUACGAUCUAAAUGAGUCAUGAAUAGGAAAAAAUUGUAAGUUCAAUUUGUUUAAGGCGUGACAGGCUAGCGCAUAUUUUCAAAUGUUUGGAGACGGGAUGAUUGGCACAAAGUAGAUUCUUGCGACGUACUUCCUGCUUGAAGCUAUUGUCUUGUUCUGUGUGCAUCAUUUCCCACUGUGGUGAUUCUGUGUAAUCUGCACCAGCCUAUACACACCACCAGGACCAAGUUGUAACUCACCAUCGAAAUGACCAAAAAACAUCUUGUCACAUCUGUUCUGCGUUAAAAGCUCUGUUACGGACAGAGGAUAUUCACCAGAUCCACGUCAUUUUAUCGUUGAUGUUGCAGUGUAAUUUGUUACACUACAAAGGUCUAGCAGAUUCACACUUGUCUUCUGGUGGUCUGUCCCUUAGGGACUAUCAAAGUCACACAAUUGUCUUCUCUUUUAUUAGGACUAAUAUAAAGUAAUUGAGGCUUUUUCUGUAUUAUCCGUUUUUUCUGUGUCAGUAUACCUGGGCUACGGUUGUAGACAUGGCAGUUAAAUAAAGUUUCUUUUUUUGAGUAAAAUGUCCACAUUCCUCAACAGUGGUUUCCUCACUAGUGACCACGUACAAGCACACUAAUCCUUCUCUGUACACGUUUGCAAACUAUAGAACAAUAAAGUUCUUACACGGCUGGUA